UGACCAUGGUCGAAUUUGCCUACAAAUGUUUACCUCUCGGGUGUUGCGAAGACGUUGGGUUCUGGCCGUGAUUUUUAUUUGUUCGUUGAUUUAUUUCCUUGUUAACACUUUUAAACAGGGUAGCAGUGCGCUGUCCCCUGAUGAUUAUGAAGUGAGACGCCCACUGUUCAGACAGCCGUUUGAGUGGCAGCCCAGCCUACAGGAGAGCAAUGUGAACCAGAGCCAGACAAAGUGUCGCAAUUCCGUCCAGGGGAAGUCAUUGAUAGCAGAUGAGAGAGGUUAUGUGUGUAGUCGCACCGAUGUGUUGAUAGGAGGCUGCUGUAACAGAGAGAGUGACAGCUCCAUACGCUUUUCCUGCAAGAGCUGCCUCAGUAAUGGCUGCUGUGUCAUAUAUGAAUACUGUGUGACCUGCUGUCUUCUACCUGACAAGAAACCUCUACUAGGCAGAAUUUUGAAAGAUGCUCAGGAAACUUCUGACCAGGCAUUAACAUCCGUUCGUGAUCUUUUUGAGCUCUGUCUGCUUAAGUGUCGCACAUCUUCACAGAGUGUUCAGCAUGAGAAUUCCUAUCGAGACCCGGUAGCCAAGUACUGUUACGGAGAAAAACCACCCAGCAUAGCCACCUGAAUCUCACCCGCUUUCCCGAUUCUCACCUACC